GGCCUAGUGAAAUGAUCUCCUAGAGUGCACUUGCGUGGUACUUGCUGCCAGUCAUCCCAUAUGGGUAAGGUUGUCUCCACAAUUAAGCGAGCUGUUCGUAAUUUCGAUGUGGAGCGUCGAGCAAUCAAAUAUAUUGAAAGAUCGGCCACACGACCUGAAGCUGCUCCCAAGCAUCCUAAUACCCAUCGGCCGAUCUGGAGUCAAGAUGCUGUUUCGAAAUUGUUUCAACGAAAUCCUGACCUGGACAACCGUGUUGAUAAGCUUAACAUUCGUUCCUGUCCGAUAAAAAAGGGUAUCCUACCAGAUGGCACAGAUUAUGUUAAGCAAUCCACUCGGAGGUUACCACAGAGGAUUGAAGGUUCUGACCCCUUUCCAGAACCACACAUAGAUUAUGGUUUCGUUGUUCCCGAGUCUAUCCCUACGGGUCGGAUCACUAUGCGCCAAGCUGUGAAUAUGAUCAAGGCUCAUCAGUUGCAAGAAAAUACAAUCGAUGAAUUGGCGCAAUCCACCACACUGGAGAAGGAUAAAGUUGAGGCAAUUGUGAAUCACUUUAUGUUGUUCACAAUUCCAUCCAAAGGAUACUGGAUGCCCCCAUCGUUGCUGCCUGGGCUUACUGAGUCCUCGCAGCUGUUGGAUAAACCUGUCGAAGAUGGGCCAGUGGACGAGCCGUUUGGCGGCGCAGCGCGUUCCGGACGUCGCGAGGCACUGCGUGGACUAGAGUUUGACUAACCCCCGCGCACAUACCCAUCGAAUUAGUUCCCUUGCACCCCUAAUAGACUUUUAUACUCGCGCAGUGGCUUUUUGUUUUCAGUUGUGCUCUUGUAGGACGUUUGAUGCGGAACUUACGUUUACAUCACUUCAAACACGAAUGGCUCAUGACUUAGCGGUAGCCUUGAUUUAUGCUACACUUAACCGGCG